AUGACCUCCGAAUCCAACUCCGCAAUAACUAGAAAAAACUACAACCUUCUCCUAAACCUCCCCCUCGAACUGCUACUCGUUAUAAUGGACAGUCUAGACAGCAUCUACACCCUCAAAGCCCUCCUCGACGCCUUUCCGAACGAACUUCUUCCCCUUUUCAAAGCCCACUCCAAAUCGAUUCUGAACACAAUCUUCUGGCGCCCGGUGCGGCAUUACAGUGAUGAGUCAGGGGUUGUAUAUCGGUGGAUGAUACGGGAAUUGGAAUUGGAGUAUUUAUUCAAGUCGCCCGUUGAGGAAGGAGAGCAAGGGGUUGGUAAUGGUGGCGCCGUCGGGUAUGGGAAUGGAACCACGGCCCAAGCCGCAGAGACGGAUUAUAGGAAAGAUAUGUGGGAGGGGUUUAGGCGGAAAAUCAGGGAUAGAUUUAUCUUCUCAGAUGGAAAUGAUAUCGAUUGA